CACGGGGCCGUCUUCAACCUCGAGUACACUCGCCCGACGGCCACUCUCCUGGCCUGUGGGAUCUGCCAGGCCUCCAGCCAAAUGUACAUCGCCCCAGGCUCACUCAUAGGAGUGGAAAGAUAUUCAAGCCGCCUGGUCAUCGAGAACGCCCCUGGGGAUGCUCAGGAAUAUAGCUGGCAUCGGGAUGCAAAUGACACUGAAGGAAAUAUGAUUAUCACUUACAACACCACGUCUAAUUCCUGGCAGUAUGGGCCCAUGUACAGUGGCCGGGAAAGAGUGUCCAAUACAGGUACACUGAUGAUCCAGAGGUCACAAUUAAAUGACACGGGGAACUAUACUGUGCAGGUGGACGCCAUCAACGGGACCCAGAGGGCAACUGGCUGGCUCAAGAUUCGAGAGUUGGAAAUCCCGAGAAUCUCGGUCAACACCACCUCCGUAGUAGAUGACAUGGAUUCCGUGACUGCCACCUGCUACACCAAUGACAGCAAUGUCAAGUGGUAUGUGAAUUACGUACAGAUGUCCAGCAAUAUCCGGAUGAUAAUCUCGCCAGACAACAAGACCCUCAUCAUCCAAAGAUUUGGCCGCUUUGACUCACCACUUCAGUGUGGGAUAGAAAUUCUCCCAGAGAUUAUUCAGAAAAGUGAACCUAUCUAUGUGACAGUGGCCUAUGGGCCCUACGACGUGCUGCUCAGGAGUAAUCCCAGUGACUUCAGCGGCAUCCUGUUUGCUGAGAUCGGCUCCCAGGUGGAGGUGGUGUGUAUCGCCUAUUCCAGACCAGAAUCCAAGUACCGCUGGAUCCACAACGGCUCCCUCCUGAGCUUCUCAGAGGAAAACGUUACCCUCCCGAGUCUGACCUGGGACCAGAUGGGCAGAUACAGAUGCGUCGUGGAGAACCCCAUCACCCAGCUGACCUUGUAUGGUGAAGUGCAGGUCCAGGCGCCCUGGCACCCGAUGUUGUGCACAAGUUUCACCAUCUCAGGAUCCUUGGUGGUGCUUCUCAUCAUAGUGACAAUUCUGGGCGGCGUCCAGUUCUGUAUCGUCCUGACCCUCUACCUGAUCAGAUGUGACUCCACCAGGCAGAGGGCUCAGAGGCCUGUGACUUCGCUUGUGUCACCAGAACCUAGCACAGGGCCAGCCUGGCACGAGGAGACCUCAGGAAAUGACCAUUCAACAAAUGAACCAACGAGCCAGUGAUGACAAGAACUGGCCCAUGAUGACCCUUGACGGUGACUUCAUGGAGGCCAUCUCAUCUUAAACUAAGGCAUCAUGGCUCCCCUGUCAUGACGAAAACAUGGCCUCCACAGUGCCUGGCAAGUCACUCGUGACAUCACUCACCACAGACCCGCACACCCUGGGGCUGUGCACCUCUGUCUUGGGAUCCCUGAGGCUCUGGUCCCUUCAUCGUGAGGACCUUUGAGCCCUAGUUUUGGGGGGAUCUGGUUUGGGGACCCUGGGUCUCAGUUUCUGAGGCCAGGAUCUCUGGUCUCCUGCGUCUAAGAGAUCUG